AUGGUCCUACAUAAACAUUUCGGAUUGUUGCGCGAUCGUAUCAAACGUAACCUCCACGUACACUUCACCUUCUCCACCGUCCAGUCCAUCUGUCAGUCGCCCGACAUUGAUCAGCACACAUUCACCAUGCUCUACAAUCGUUACCAACGAUUCUUCACUUGCAAGUCGGCAUUGUUGGACGCCGUCACCUGUGGCAACCUGCCAAUCGUACAGACACUACUGCACCAGACACAUCCCAUCGUGUUUGAGCGAACCGAUGAUCUUUUGGUGCGUGCCACUCAAGGUGGCCACAUCAAGGUGCUCAAGUACCUCUUGGACACUGGCAAGUUCAACAACGAGGUGCUCUGGAAGAGACAUCCAAACGCCGUGAUGGAAGCCUUGCACAACAGCUCCACAUCUGCCGCCAUCCGAUUCCUGAUGGACCCUCACAACUUUCCUCAAGACCUCAUCGACUUGGUCAAGUCUAACGUGAAUCUUUACGCAAAGGCAUGCAUCAGAACUGGCGACCAACAACUGAUCGAUCAACUAUUGUCCUUGGAUGUUAUCAAGCAGAUUACAUUCACUUGUGACUUUAUGCUUCCAAACAACUUCCAACCAAUCCAUCAGCUGGCUCACUUUGAGCGUUUGUUCCAGGGCACCAAUGACGGUGGAGCACUGGACCGUCGUGCAGAGAAGGAGCUCACGUCAUCACGACAGACGACACAAUCAAUCUUGACAUCGACCACAGACACGUAUGCACACUCUGGCAUUGGUGACGAUCAACGAUUGGUCUUUAUCAAACUGGCCGAGGUCGUCAGUUGGGACGCCAACGAUGAUUUGGCUUCAUACUUGGCACACCAAUACGUUGUAACAGGUGACUUUGUACUCUUCCCCUACCUCUUCUCCAAGGCCAUACACGUAAAGACGAUGAUUAACUUGAUCGUCCUGCAUGGCAAUGUCGUACAGGCCAAAGUGGUGCUUGGCUAUCUGGACAAUGUGAUCAUGCCCGCUCAGUUGGGCACGAUACUGCGAGAGGAGCAAUUCGGCGAACUCUACGAUUCAUUCGUACAGGCGGACAACAUGUCCAACAGCUUCGAGAUCAUAAAGUACCUCAACAACAACCAGGUGGUCGUGAAGGAGGUGGCCAAGCUCUCCUCAGAUCUCUUCCCUGGCACGAUGGAGAUGCUCAAGUUCCUCCUGUCCGAUGCCAACAAGAUCUUCCCCAUGGAUAAGCUACAGAACAUGUUGGUGGUGCUGGCCAUUGAUCAGCUAGAGUACGUGCUCAAGACAAAACCAUCAGUGUUCCUCGCACCAGGCUCCCAUUCCCUCGUGCACAUUGCAAUGAACGCUUCUUUCUUUGCCCGUCUCGAUACAUUGGAUGCCAUUCUGGAUCACAUACAACCCGAGCGUCACUUAGAGUCGACUCUACAUUGUGCCUUGGCCAAUGGUGGACGACAUAUGGGGGUGAUCAAGUUGUUGGUCGAACGACAACAUAUAACACUCAACUCUAUAUCAUGUCAAAUUGGACAACUUGGUGAUGUGGAGCUCUUGGAGUAUGCAUUGGUCCAUUGUGUGGAUAAUAGUCUUGACGCAUUCCUCUCGAGCACCAUCAACACGGCCAUUUUCCGUCAUCAGGUGGACCUUAUCCAACACAUUUACGCACGACAUAAGGAUAAAGUACAGACAUAUCACCACAAACAGGCGGUGGAGCAUGGCAGUCUUGAGCUGAUGGAGUUCAUCUUUGCUGUGGACCCAUUGUCAAACACUGACCGACUGGAGACAUUCAUUCGAUGUGCAAUCUCUGAUGGAAACACAGAGAUAUUGGAUUGGCUGCUCAAGUGUGAGGACAAUGUUCCAAGACGAUCUCAGAUACUUCAAUCUCUUGUUCCACAGCAUACUACAUCAUUGGUUAACAAGUCUGAUAUAUUCACAUUGCAACAUCUUGUAAACAUUGGUGCCACGUUGGACAUGAAGGUGGCCAGCAAACUAAAGGCAUACAAGGAAAGCGAGGCAAUUCAAUAUCUGUUUGCACAAUACAAGAAGCAGACCAGUCAGGCCGAGUCAAAGGCCAAACAAAAAAGUAAACAACAACAAUCAAAGAAGACUAAACGAGAUGACAAUAAUACAGAUGAUACAACAACAACACAACCUAUCAAGCGCAAGAGGAAAUAA